CACGUGACCGCCGCAUCACCUGACCCGGCGCGACCGGAAAGUGGAAGUCUUGGGCGCGGGCUUCCUGGCGCGAUGAGGUUCCGGUUCUGUGGUGACCUGGACUGUCCUGACUGGGUCCUGGCAGAGAUCAGCACGCUGGCCAAAAUUUCCUCCGUGAAGCUGAGGCUGCUGUGUAGCCAGGUGCUGAAGGACCUUCUGGGACAGGGGAUUGAUUAUGAGAAGAUCCUGAAGCUCACCGCUGAUGCCAGGUUUGAGUCGGGUGAUGUGAAGGCCACAGUGGCAGUGCUGAGUUUCAUCCUCUCCAAUGCGGCCAAGCAUAGCGUGGAUGGCGAGUCCUUGUCCAGUGAACUGCAGCAGCUGGGGCUGCCCAAAGAGCAUGCAGCCAGCCUGUGUCGCUGUUAUGAGGAGAAGCAAAGCUCCCUGCAGGAGCACCUGCGGGCCUGCAGCUUGCGAGUGAAUAGGCUGACAGGCGUGGGCUGGCGGGUGGACUACACCCUGAGUUCUAGCCUGCUGUGGUCCGUGGAAGAGCCCAUGGUGCACCUGCGGCUGGAGGUGGCAGCUGCCUCGGGUUCCCCGGCCCAGCCUGUUACCAUGUCCCUCUCAGCAGACAAGUUCCAGGUCCUUCUGGCAGAACUGAAGCAGGCCCAGACCCUGAUGAGCUCCCUGGGCUGAGAAAAAGAGCUCAUGGGGCCCAUGUGGAGCUGCCCUCUGAACUUCUCUUCAGGGGUUGCCCCAGCUCCAGGACCCUAGGGGCCUGGCCUCCUGGAUGUCUGCCUUCCUAGGUUACCACCUGAGAAUUCAGCCUAGGGAUGCUGAACACUCUUGCAGCAUUGUCUUCCCUCCCCCAUGAAAGGCACAUGUCAGUGGUUUUCAUGAGAAGGAAGAAUAAACAGAAGUGUAAGAAAUGUAAA